AUGGACGCAAUGCUCCAAGACUUCAAAGAGGCCAGGACCGAGAACAUGGAUUCAGAGAUCAAGCCCAAACUGUUGAUCCGGUCUGUGCAAGACGAAGAAACCCCAGAGAAGUUUACACCUGGAAGUCUGGGUGAGUCAUCUGUGUUAGAUACGUCACAUCUGUCUAUCUCUCAGCAGAAAGAGGUGACUCCACUCAUUGACCCAGGGCUCUUCAAAGAAACUCCUGGUUACACAGACCUGGGCCAGUUCCUCCAGUUCUUCUCAACCACCCCCCACCCCACCCCCUCGCCCGGGGCAUUUGCAUGGAGAGCUCUGGAGCAGGUGAAACCGACCAACGGAAAGAAGCAGGAGGGUGGAGCUGAGGCAAGUGGCAGACUCAGACUCCACAUCUUGACUUCUCUGAUCCGGAGGGCUGAGAGUGAGCGGAUGUGCCAGCAAGGAUCUCUGUUUAUAAGGUCAUUCUGCAAAUUCUCUGUGAAUGAAGCUGGGCCCCUGGAGAAAAAGAUUUCAACGGCCAACCAACCGGAAUGCUCCAUCUGCUACAACAGCUAUGACAAUGUCUUCAAGACACCCAAGCUCCUGGACUGCACCCACAUGUUUUGCUUGGAGUGCUUGUCCCGUCUGAUGGCUGUGUCGGUGAACCAGGGAGACGAUGGAGGCAACACCUGUAUUUCGUGCCCGUUUUGCCGCCACCCCACUCAGCUCUCUGCUGCUGGACCCCCAGCUUUGGCCACGAGUCGCGAGGUUCUCAACACCUUACCCAUGCACCUCCAGCAAGAAGAGUCCGUGUGGAUGGACGGGCAGAAACUGUGCUACAGAAGAAGCGACUCCACAAACGGCGAACCGGACAGUCCCACUGCCUUUUGCAUAUGUAUUGACAUUGGGGGGAGUAAGUCCGUCGACAUCCCCACGCAGACGCAGACCAGUCGUGUGGGGUUUUUGCAGAGGGUUUCAGACUGGAAGCGAAUGGUUUUGUUCAUAGUGAUGAUAGUUUUGCUCGUGGCGGUGGUGCUAUGGCCGCUGCAGUGCGUUUUCAGCACAGGGAGUAUGCGUUGUGUUCCCAAUGACACCACCACACCCACCACCACACCCACCCCGUUCACAAGACUGGGGGGGAUCCAGUGA